GCCGGGACUUUGGGAGAGUGCCGAGUGCCUACUGCCCGAGAGAGAGAAAGAGACAGAUAGUCCGAACCAAGCGAAGUGGAGGAGGUGCCGCACACAGUUCACAUUUUAUGCGAUCGCUGCCGCUGACGCUUUGUGGUGCUGCGGCUUUUCUGUUGUAUGUUAUUGUGUUGCAAAAGUUUUAGCGCAGCUGACAGCUAUACAGCCGCCGCCGUUGCUCCGAUCACUGCUCCGACCAGCAGACUUGACGCAGAGCUGAAUAUAUCUAAGCCCCACAUGAAUUGUUAUCAGAAGUAAUAGGCAUCGCGCAGCUGCUCUCGGAUAGCAAAUUUCCGCCACGCUCUUUGGUGCUUUUCGUACGUAGAUUUGGUGGAGUGAUAUCAUCGAGGACACGGGGGGCGAUCUUUGCUCGAGUCUCGUUCUAGCGUUGAAGUGAGCUUACGCGAAAAACGUUCGACCGAACGCCACCAUGGAGGACGACCUACCCACCGAGUACGAUGUCAUUGUCGUAGGCACAGGAAUGACUGAAUCAAUUGUUGCUGCUGCAGCAAGCAGAAUUGGUAAAAAGGUUUUACAUCUUGACAGCAAUGAAUAUUAUGGAGGACUGUGGGCAACAUUCAAUUUUGAUGGAUUACAAAAAUGGAUGGAAGAUUUAAAAUCCGGAGCAUCUGAAAAUAAAGAUUUUAAACCUGACCUACAAGAUGGUGAACAAUUUUUACAAGCCAGUAAUCAGUAUUCUACAAUUGAAAAUAUUGUUGAAGAUUGGUUCAUUUCUAAUGAUGAAGAUCUGCCUGCAGUACUAGCAAAAGAUACACAAACUGAAAGUUCUGAAGAACCAUCUGUUGCUGAAAAAGUUGAUGAUGAUAAAAGUGAUAAAAAAGAUACCAAACAUUGGAGCAUUGAUCGCAUUAAAAAGGAAUACAGAAGAUUUAAUAUUGAUUUAGCUCCCAAGCUCCUUUUUGCCAGAGGAGAACUUGUAGAGCUCCUUAUAUCAAGUAACAUUGCUCGAUAUGCAGAGUUCCGUGCUGUAUCUAGGGUCGCAACUUGUAUGAAUGGCAAGCUGACUCAGGUUCCUUGUUCACGAGCUGAUGUAUUUGCCAAUAAAACAGUGAGUGUUAUUGAAAAGAGAAUGUUGAUGCAGCUGCUCACUUCAUGCAUGGAUCAAGGGGCUGACAGCCCUGAAUUUGAUGGAUAUCGUGAUAAACCUUUUGUGGAAUAUUUGAACACGAAAAAAUUAACACCAAUAGUAAAACAUUAUGUUAUGCAAGCUAUUGCAAUGGCUACUGAUAAAACAUCAUGUCGAGAUGGUGUCAACAAUACAAAGCAUUUUCUCAACAGCCUUGGCCGUUAUGGCAAUACCCCAUUUUUGUGGCCUAUGUAUGGAAGUGGUGAACUGCCACAAUGUUUCUGCAGAUUGUGUGCUGUUUUUGGUGGAGUUUAUUGUUUAAAACGUCAUCUGGAUGGCGUCGUGACCAGCGGAGACAAAUGUAAAGCCAUUUUAAGUGGAAAACAAAGACUCACUCUUGAGCAUUUAGUAGUCGGCCAGGGUCACUUACCUCCUGAAAUCGUAGCUUCUACGGGAGAAAAUAAAAUAUCUCGUGGUAUUUUUAUAACUGACAGAUCAAUUAUGAAAGGAGAAAAAGAAAACUUGACAUUAUUAUAUUAUCCACCUGAAGAAGCUGGUCAAGAAGCAGUUACAAUUAUUGAGUUGGGACCUUUAACAAAUGCUUGUCCUCAAGGACUAUUUAUAGUUCACAUGACCUGCAAGCGAACAAAAACAGCUAAAGAAGAUUUAGCAUAUGUUGUAAAGAAGUUUUUGAAAGCUGAAAAACUUGAAAAAAAUGUUUCACGUACACCAACUGAUUCUCAAACUCAAACAAGUAUUGCUGGUGGUGAAUCAGUUUCUAAGGACAUUGAAUCAAAAAAUCCUGAUGAUGAAAAUUCCAGCAAUACAAUGCCACAAGUAUUAUGGUCACUAUAUCUCAAUUUGCCAGCUAGUGAUAUUAAACUUUCGGAAUCAGCUCCAAAUAACAUUCAUCUUUGCUCUGGUCCAGACUUAAAUUUAGAUUUUGACUUUGCUGUUAACCAGGCAAAAGAAAUAUUUAAAUCUAUGUAUCCGGACGAAGAUUUUCUGCCGAGAGCUCCUGAUCCAGAAGAAAUUAUUUUAGAGGGUGAAGAGGCACCAGGACCAAAAUUUGAAGGUGAUAAUUCAAAUGGUGAAAAUGAAAAGCAAGAUAAUGAAAAAGCAGAAAAAGAAGAGUAAUUGUGUGAAUCACGUUUUAAGUAUGUUUUUUUUUAAUUUUUUAUUCACAAAUCUUUGUGUUUCACUAAAUAUUUGUUGGAAAAAGAAGAAAGUUUUUAAUACAUUUAUACUGCAUUUAUAUAUUAUAGCUUUUGUGAUUUUAUAGCAGCUGAAAAUUGCAUAAAUUUAAUGUAUUUGAAAUUUUUAAAGAAAACACGUUUUUUCAUGUGCUGGCAUAAAUGUAUAUUCUCAAAGAUCAUUUAUUGCACUACAUCUAAGUGUUUUAGUAUAAAAAAUUAGCAUUUGAGACCAAUUCAAUUUAAGUCAUAAUAUCAUUCAAUUUUUCCUCAUUCAUUCAAAUGUACAUUUCACAUUCACUGAAAUUAUGAUUGGUGUUGUAUAACCGCAAUUUUUCCAUUAAAUUAAAAAUAAUCAUUAUUAAGACUGCAAAAAAUCUAUUUGAUACAAAUAUUCUACAGAAAAUGUAGAACAAGUAGGCUUAUUUUAAAGAAUUAAUCAGUGUCAAAGCAUAGUAUUUGUUUUAUGAAAAAAAUUGAUUUAUGUAAAUUUUCUAAAUCAAACAAAUAUAAUUAAAUUUUAAAUGUAAUUAAGAAGUUACGAAAAAAUUGUUUUUCCUGGCUUAACUAAACGAUUAAAAAUCCGAGGAAAAAUUUUAAAUCCAUGGACAUUGAUCUUUUAGUAUUUUUUCAAAUUUCAAUUGUACUCAAAUGUACAACUCAUAAUAUUUCAUAGGCAAGAAACAAUGUGCUUUCAAUAAAUAAAAUGAAAAUAA